AACUUUAUAGAUAAAUUAUAUUUUAUGUGAUUUCUAAUGAGUCAUGGAUAAGCAACCUAGUUUAUCAGUGUCGAAAUAGGUAACCUUGGGCAUAAGCCGCAAUGGAAAAUUACUUAUAGCAUAGUAAACAUUUAUGAUUAAUAUAGUAAUGUUAAAGUGUGGCGCCCAUAUAAACUUAAUAUAGUAACUAUAAUUCAUAUCAUAUAAGUAAAUACAAUUAUAGAGUGACAACUCAAGGGGUUUCAUUUUGCUUCGAAACACAUAAGAGGUUACCCUAUAAUAUUAGUAUAAAUUACAGACUGUCGACCGUACGUGGGGCCCGAUAUUUUGUCAAGUAAUUUUUGCUGAGUAUAAUCAUGAAUACCAGAGGGAGGUGUCAUAACCGAGGCAAUACCGGAUCUAGGGACAGCAGCAUGUCCGAGGACAGAGACGAAUCUGAUCAGCCCAAGGAACACUUGGAAACUAUCUCAGUUUUAGUUCCUACUCCUAGUGGCAAUAUUGACUUAAAUAACUUGCUCCAGGGACUCAUGGACAGGUUAGAUGCCAACGCUGCUGAAAUAAAUGCCAGGUUAGAUGCCAACGCUGCUGAAAUGAAUGCCAAAUUAGACUCUAACACUACCAGGUUAGAUGUCAACGCUGCUGAAACCAGUGCCAGGCUAGAGUCUUAUACUGCACAACUGACUGGCAUACAGCAAAGUAUCCUCAGCUUUGAGAGUAAUCUCAAGUUAGAGCUGCAGGAAGUUAGGGAGUCAGUAUCAGUUGUAACCAACCGGAUAACGAUACUAGAGUUGAACACUGAUCAGAAAUUAGCCCAGCUUCAGAAUCAAUGCCAAGACACCACACAGAAGAUACAGGAGGAGUUAGGCAGUGUGUCAGAACGCUUAGAACAAGUGGCCCAACAGGCUGCACAAAACCUCUGCAGUUUGGACAACACUAGUCAACAGGUGCACGAACAAAUGGCACAAAUUUCACACAAAACGGACGAACUAGGACACCAACUAGAACAGCGACUCAAUCGCUUGCCACCGACAGCGAUCCUCGGGGUCUUCUACUUCAUCUGUCAUUCCGUGGGCCGUCCAUUCACCGUGCAUGGUCCGUAUCUCAUCCAGUCCUUCUGCUUGCUUUGCUCGUCGAUGCUCAGCAUCUGA